UUAGCCUUGCCAUCACCCGAAUUCAGCCAUCAAUGAUGCUUUCCAACGCAACGAUGAAAAGGCACAACCUGGAUCGACGCGUUGAGAAAUGCAGGUCGAUUGUUGACACCUAUUACCACAGCAAUGAACGAGGCAACCAAGGAGCUGUAUUUUGAUAGAUAAAGCAUCGGUUUAGCCUCAUUAUCCAACCAGCCUGUCAGGAACCUCGAGGUAUAUUGAAUUUCCAAGCUGCAAGGAUCGGCUACCCCCAACCUUUAUUUAUAAGAGCAAUGUCAUCCCCAUCCAAGAAAACCUUGUCGGUGGACACAGUCUCGUUAAUUGUAUCUGUGGGUCUGUUUGUAUUUACGGCACGGUGGUUUACAAGGACCGAACGACAACGGAGAGAACUGGGACUCUGGGGUGCCCGAAAAAACAUCCCAUCCCAUGGUGGUGGUGCCACGGGAAAUAGUAGAACCCACCAAAAUAAUGCUGCCAAUCAAGGAUCCGUCGCAGAGGGGGCCAUUGGAAGCCGAGGACUCGUGGCAUUGGACACUCCACGUGUGGCAUACCUAGAGGAUUUCAUGUAUUGCCUGCAUAAUGCCUGCGAUCACAUUCGCAAUCCCACGGGUCACAUUGGAAUGUGUGUGGCCGAAAACAAACUCAUCUUGGAUGUCCUGGCCGAACGACUCAUGCAAAUUGGAACGGCCACGGCAGCAUUUUCCGAUUCGACCGUAUAUUGCUACAAUAGCUUUUUGGGAUUGCCCGUUGCACGGGAUGCCGUUGCCUACUUUUUGGCCAAACGAUUCUUGCUUUCGGAUGAUGUAGUAGAACCCGAAGUGGCAUUGCAGCACAUUCAACCCCAUCAUGUCGCCAUGGCCAGUGGAUGUGCCGCCGUGUUGCAUUAUCUCUUUUUUAUUUUAGGAGAACAGGGAGAAUGUUGUUUGAUACCAGCACCCUACUAUGCAGCCUUUGAUUCCGACAUGAAAUCAUUGGCGGGGAUUGAACCCUUUGGAUUCCAAAUGGCCAAUGCGACACUGGGACCUACCGAACAAGAUCUCAACUUGGCUUAUAUUGAAGCCAUGUCCAAGGGUUUGACACCUAGAUUUGUGCUUUUGACAAAUCCCAACAAUCCACUUGGAGUGGUGUACAAACCACAGGUAUUACGAGAUACCAUACAAUGGGCUCGCAAACGAAACCUUCACACCAUUGUCGAUGAAAUACAUGCUCUUUCGACACAUGGGGCAAACCCCUUUGGACAACAGCAACAACAUAUAUCAUCUUCCAAGCAACAACAACAUACGCAACGAGGCUCCCAGUCCUCCUAUCCACCACACCACAAUCUAUCCGGCCUCCAAGGGAAUAGCAACAACAACCAUGAUGGAUCCUUUCAGUCGGUCAUUAAAGUGCUCAACAAUGAACUGGGAAACGAUGUUCACAUGGUUUGGGCUCUUUCCAAAGACUUUGGGGCAUCGGGCCUGCGGGUGGGAGUCCUCUAUUCUCAAAAUGAAAACUUUAUGAGAGCACUGCUGGCCAGCAAUAUCAGCAUUUUUAGCUGUGUCAGUGGACCCAUUCAGUAUGUCGUCUCGGAACUCUUGACGGAUGACGCCUUUAUUGAUCAAUUUUUGGAAGAAUCACAAGAACGGUUACGACGAAGCUACGAGAUUUGCGUGUUGAAAUUGGAAGAAAUGGUGGUCCCCUUUGUCCCGGCCGAAGCAGGACUCUUUGUCUAUGUGGACUUUUCCUCCUUGCUGCCACAAAAGACAUUUGAAUGGGAACGCAAAUUGAGCGAGCUCAUGUUUACACAUGCUCGUAUUGUUUUGACGCCGGGAGAAACCAUGAAAGAGCGGACGCCUGGGAACUUUCGCAUAUGUUAUGCCUGGGUAUCCUGCGAAGUGUUGGAGAUUGCAAUGGAGAGACUGAGUCGUUUGAUUGGAAAAGUUAGAAGAAUGGACUGGUCCGAUUUGGAUGAAAGGACCUUAGUAGGCAUAUUGUAGUAAUAAGUUUUGCUAUGACACUGUUGUUCCUGUACCAGCCAUUCGACCAAGAGUACAGUUAGUGUGAACGUUUGAACGGC